AUGACGCCGCUUCCAGCGGCCCCAGCCGCGAAGGCCUUGAAGCUGCAUGAUGUCCAACGGUCCAAGGCUAUGUCCGACCUGGAGCUCACGGUUGUGCUCCACCCGUACUCGAACAACGGUGAACUCGUCCAUGAGCACUUACGUGACCACGUCACGCAGAUCCUCUGGCAAGCCGAUCCACGAGCAUUUGAGUAUACCCACCGCACCGCUUGGGCCGACUUCUUGAAGCAGGAGAGCUUGACGGACACGUCCCUUCUGGCCAACUUCCAGAUCUUGCCCCGCGUUGCUUCCGGCCCAACUUUCCAGAAAGGGCUUUACUGUGGUGGCGCCCUCCCGGGCGCUUUGCAAGGCCUCUCCCUCCUGGAGAAUUACUUCUUGCGCCGGCUUGAGGUCCACAUCCUGAACAAGACCACCUACGACUUCAAGGACCACUUUGCCUCCACGUUGCUCCCCGGUUUCACGCUCACCACGGAGGGCGACACGACUAUGUCACCCCUGAGCUUACCUCCCCCUCAUCGCCCCUUGCGUUUGAAGCUCAAGGUGCAGGGCUCCCAGGCUUGCUUGGAGUUCCACGGGUACAACUACCCACUCCGUGCGGCCUUCGACAGCUGUGAUCACCCCAUCGGCGGCGGCUACUUGGACAAAGAUGAUAACUUGUGUGAGAAAGGUCAAGGACCUUAUGUGCGUUGGACUCCACUCCUUGACUGUCCUGCUUUGGUCGCGAUCCUGCACGAGGUGUUGGACGGCACCUGCGCUCCCAUGCAGGUUGUCGGCGAUAAAUUGCCCGACGACUUCGUGACCGCUUCGUCUUCACUCACCUCCCUUCGUGCUGACCCUCUGCCUCCUCAGCAUGCCUUCCUUUUUCUUCCCUUCGCCCGUCGCUAUCUUCUCGAGGUACCUCGCAUUCCUCUGGUCUUGCUGUCUCCUUAG